AUGUCCGCGGGCGAGCCGGACCUGGGCAUCCUCCAGCAUCUGUCCCUCGAGCUCCAGCUUCUUAUAAUCGAGAACUCGUGUCCUCAAGCUGUUGCAUGCUUGUCCGAGACUUGCAAGCGGUUUGCAUGGGUCAGCCGACGUUGGCGCCUUCACACUCUUAAAAUCACGUCGAGAGGAUUGCCUGCUCUGCAACACUGGCUGGAGAAGGAGUGCGACGGGAGAAGCUGUCAAUGUCAAGCCAAUACGAGAGCCGAGUUCAACAAAUUCGUGCGCGUUCUCCUCUUGCCAAAGGAAUGGAGCACCGAGUGCCGCGCAUACCUUGCGCUACUCGCGGCCAUGGCACCGCUCCGCCUUAGCGAGAUCGCUGCAAGCUGCAUGGAAGACGACGUCUGGUGGCGGGAGGCAAACAAGGCGUGGAAGAAGGAGGCCGGUGCAGAGGUCUUCGCGUCGGCAGCCGCCAUUUCAUUCAGGAACCCGUCCAGGAACGGCCUGCUUUCAGUAUUCAAGAUGAGGCUGCGCUCUAUGCAUAAAGAGGUCGCAGACCUGCCAUGCACUCUGAAGCUGACUGGCUGCGCCAUGGGCUACUCACAGUUCCAUGAAUGGGGGCAGGACGACUGGAAUCCAACCGCAGGCGAUGAGGAGGACGAGUACCCCGGCCUAGAGCGGAUCUGUCUUCGGGUCAAAUCUCUGACGGUGGACAUUGGAGGCGGUAUAGAAGACAUUAUCGCCAACGUGUACUUCUUCGACUUGGAGGACCUCAAUGUACGAACGCGGGGGAGGGGGACAGAAUGGCACGCGGUCGGCCGUCUUUUGCGCGACGCGAAGAAGCUCAAAACCCUCCGCCUUCGCCGCGGUAUAACAGGUCGCUGGUCCCAGCUUGAGAGCGACUUCCUGCCUGCCUUGGAGAGUUUACACGUCGACUGGACACAAGUCCCCUGCAUCUCGGGAGCCCCCCAAUUCACGGUGUUCAACAAGGUCACACUGUACGUUCACAAGUACGACGCCGACCACGCCCUGGACGCCGACUACGAGGAGGCAAAGUUCAUCUUGUCGCAUGAGCAUUGGAGGGAGAUUGUAUUCGUUGAGGACUGGUUCUGGAAGCUCCCUGCUCUUCCUGUCCCGUUCAAGCCCUUCUUGCUAAAGGAGCAGCUGUUAGCAUUUGAAGACCCGGAGCAGCUGUAUCCCAACGCGGUCCAGGCUGUGGUGCCUGACUGGAAGGAUCACGCCGCUGCCGAAGCUCUGCGCGUUGUAGGACCGUGGGGUGUCCUACGUCCCCCAGAGACAGAUGGUGCAGUUGUAUGCGACAACGAUAUAUACCUGCACGUCCUGGAGCCUUUCGCAUCGGCGUGGGGACUGAGCCAGCCCAUUGAUUGGGUUGACAUCGCCCAGCGGCUGAAAAUCCUGAUUCCCGAAAUUCAGGCUAUCCUUGACGACAAGAAUACGGAGCAUUCGAGGCCCUCCGCACACAAACUCCUUUCUUACAAGUUCUUUGAGAGGGCGAGCCCUGGAUUGAAAGUCCUGCCUGCGGUGGCUCGGUACACGCAGCACCUGAAAGGCAGCAUCCAUAGCGCUAGCUAUACCGGGUACACCGGGUACAACGACAGCUAUGGUCCUCGCGGAAUGCGACUGCUCCGACAGUUCCUUGUGACGUCGUUCACGGAUGCCACUGACCUGCAGGACGAGAUCACUAGCGCGAUAUACGUCUCGCAUCUGGCUGUCCGGCUGGUCAUGGGCGACAUGAAGUGGGAAGGGGACCUCGGUAUGAUGAAGGCGUGGCUGCUCAUCCUGGAGACACAGCAGUUCGGAGAGGAACGAGACGCCCGAACGCUCGAAGACCCACCGAACUUCCUCUCCGCCUUUGCCUCCAUGGCCCAAACGCCAGCCAGCGGCCCCAGCGGUGGAUCGGGUAGCUUGGAGCAAGAUGGGCUGGGGGUGGAGCCUGCGGUUUCUUUGCAGACGAGGAAGAGCACGCGGCUGAGGAAACGCCCACCUCGCCUGAGCGACUCCGACACCGAUGACACCCCUCUUAUCACCAAAAAGACAAAGGUCUCGAGAGGCGCCACAAGAGGCAGAGGGAACGCCAAGAAGAGUAGGUAG